AUGGGUAAAUUUCAUUGUGAUGUUUGUUCGUCGGAUUGUACCAGGCGUAUACGUAUCAGUUGUGCCGAAUGCACCGAUUACGAUUUGUGUGUUCCAUGUUUUUCAUCGGGGAAAUCAUCGGGCCAGCAUAAGCCAUGGCACGAUUAUAGGGUUAUUGAACAACAUCAAUAUCCAAUUUUUGAUGAAGAUUGGGGAGCAGAUGAGGAGUUGUUAUUAAUUGAAGGAUGUGAGACUUUAGGACUGGGUAAUUGGCAAGAUAUUGCUGACUUUAUCGAAGGUAGAUCUAAGGAUGAAGUUGGGAAGCACUAUGAAGAAAUUUAUCUAAAUUCUCCAUAUUAUCCGAUACCUGACCUGAAUAAGAAAUUCCCGGACGUAACCGUUUCCCAAUUUCUAGGUAAUAGAAAGAGACGUUUUGAAGAUCGUAAAAAACUUGAGCUACCUCCUCCAAAAAAGUUGCUAACUUCUCAACCUUUGUGUUCUCAUAUCCAGCGUUAUAUGCCUGGUAGGUUGGAAUUUGAAGAAGAAGCCGAAGAUGAAGCUGAGAAAGUUGUGCAAGACAUGGUUUUCGAGCCAGAUGAAAGUGAAGAGGACAUUCAAUUGAAAUUGCUAAUCCUGCAUAUCUAUAAUGAAAAGCUAACUUUAAGAGCAGAGAGAAAGAGAUUGAUGAUCAACGACAAUUUGUUGGAUUACAAGACCAAUAACGCCAUUGACAAGAAACGUUCAAAAGAGGAAAAGGAGUUGUAUAAUAAAAUAAAACCAUUUGCUAGGAUCAUGAGUAGCAACGAUUUUCAGGAAUUCUCAGAUGACAUUUUGAAAGAAUUCAAAAUUCGGAAUAGAAUCAAUCAAUUACAAAAUUGGAGGAAGAAUGGUAUUUUAACAUUAGAAGAAGGUGAACAAUAUGAAAGAGAGAAAGUCUCAAGAAUUUCAAAGCUAGGUGGUGUUUCUUCUUCUGGUGCAAUUACUAAGGAAAGACAUACAUUAAAUUCUGUUAGAUCAACCUCAAGAAUAUCAAGUCCGUCUGAUAUUAAAAUGAGGAAAAUUAAAGGUUCAAACAAUGAUCCUUUGGAUAUUUCAGAUGCUCCGGAUUUUCAUUUAUUAUCAGACGCUGAAAAAUCAUUGUGCGAAGAGCUUCGAAUAUAUCCAAAGCCAUUUAUUUGUAUUAAGGAAUUGAUAUUCACUGAGAUCUUGAAGAAUAAUGGCAGGCUGAACAUUGAAAAAUGUAAUUCAUUAAUCAAGUUGGAAGAAAAGAAGGCAUCCAAAAUCUACGAUUAUUUCGUCAAGCAAAACUGGUGUCAACUCUCCAAUUGA